AUGGCGUCCUAUCUCUCCUACUUCACCUCGAAUUCGUCGACGCCACAGCCCCCGGCGCAGGGCGCAGGCACUCCCGGCGCAACGUCGACCUGGUCGAGCACCUUUUCCUCUCGAUUUGAGACGCUCCGCAAAGCCCUGACGACCAGAGACUCGGAAGAAGACGAUCCGGACCACGAAGAUUGUUCGCACAUCUCGAACGUGUUGCGAGCAUACUACACAGAAAAGGGACGGCCCUUUCCCGAGUGGCUGCCACCCGAUCCCAAAAAGCCGGUCGCCGCACCUCCUCCUCAGCCUCAAGGUGCGUACGGACAAUAUGCCAGUACAUACGGCUCUCAGUACGGAGUCCAGCAAACACACUCGAGGGGACCUUCUGGUGGCCGUGGCGGCGGACUCUCCGACCUGUGGGAUCCUGCUCCUGCCCCCGUCGCCCCUCCCGCUCAGAGUCUACGCGCUGGUCGACCGACACCACACUCUCUGCGUUCCAAUGACUCGGCGCGGUCGCAGUCGAGCAACAGUGGCGGAACGACGCCUUUGGCACAGGCCAGCCCCAGCGCCCGGCCUCUCCCCAGCCAAAGGGCUGGAAGUUACCAAACAAACCCUGCUACCAAUCCCGGCGCCCUGGGAUCUCGUGAUCGACUCCGAGCUCGGUUACAGGGCGGGGGCAGUGGACGAAACAGCCCAUCCGGUGGUAUGAGCAGUGGUGGAGGAAGUGGCAGUCAGGCGUCCUAUGGUGCGUCGGGCGGGAAUUUGACUCAUCAACCGCCAGCUCGCAGCAGGUCGUCGCAGCCCUAUAUUUCAGCCUCAGAGCCUUGGUCGACGGGCGGAGAUGAUCCUUAUGCGUACAACUACAGUAGCGGUGGCGGCUCUGCGUCCAACCCGUACGGAAACCAGGACUAUCGUCCGCGGCCCGGAGGCCCCAGGUGA